AUGUCUUCAAUGCAUUUUGUGGUUCAUCCUUUGCCUGGGACAGAGGAUCAAUUGAUAGACAGAUUGAAAGAAGUAGCCGAGCGAUGGAACAGAUUUGGGACAGGUCCGGGGUCAUCAGCGCUUAGCUCAUUGCGAGGUGUGCGGGCCGUUGCCGCUGGGCCAGCUCACAUUGCAUGUUUACUAGAAGAUGGGACUAUUUGUCGUGCUGCAUUCUCCAUCAUACCAGACAGACUUGACUUAAGUAAAGCAGAUGCUAGUAAAAAUGGAGGAAAUGGAGGGGGUGGCAGUGGUGGUGGGGGAACAAGUGGAGGAAAACAAGGAGGAAGUGGCAGUGGCUGCGGUUCAAGACAACAACCACGUACUAGGGCCCGUAUAAUGAGGAAUUCAAUUCGUGCUGCACCAAGCUCACAAGGGUCUACAAGUCGCGCCACCGGCGUUAUUAUCGGUGCUUCUAGUUCAGGCCGAGUUGUUUCAGUUCCAGCACCAUUUGUGCCAGAAGAUUUGGUAACACAAGCACAAGUCGUCCUACAAGGCAAAAGUCGAAGUCUUAUCAUAAGAGAAUUACAGCGUACAAACUUGGACGUUAAUUUGGCGGUGAACAACUUACUGUCCCGCGACGACGAAGAAGGUGAAGAGCCAGAGGGCGGCGAAGGUGGUGAUGGCUACGUACCGGAAGAUCUCAUUUCACUGCUUGAUGGCGGCUUUCAUGCUACUCAACAGGACCACUCUGUCAUUAUCGAUGCUGAUGCGAUGUUUUCCGAGGAUAUCUUCGGGUACGCGGCUAUCAGAAGUCGUAAUGGUGGUGGUGGCGGUGGCAGCAGUGGCCGUGCUGGAGCCAGCCGUGAAAGCAGCAGUUCUACUCAAGAGCGACCGUCAGAGUUUAGUAGAUGGCGUGAGCGACAGUACUUUGGGCCGCGUAGGUGGCUUGAGUCGGCUCUUCGAGAUACAUCGUGGGAUAAGGAUGGAGUUGAGAACAAGAAGAAAGAUUCAGCAAUGGCGGCAUCUCCGCUCUGGGUGUCUGAAGAUCUGGAAUAUUGGGACAGCAACAUCCGCUUUACUCACAUUGCGGCUACAUACAGUGAGCUGAUUGCCAUCUCUACUCAUGGACAGUUACAUCAGUGGCGUUGGGCUGAUUCACAUCCCUAUCAGCGCAAUGACUCAUCGGGAGCAAAUAGUGUAUAUCAUCCACGUGGAAACUGGCUUGGAAUGAUGUCAGGCGAGCGCAUUGUCAACAUAAGUGCUGCCGGUAUUCGUGUCUCAGUGCUUACUGACGCAGGAAGGAUUGCUACUUUUCUCGAUGAGUCUAUUGCACAUGCACCUGGUGCUUCUCGUUUGGAGCAUCCCUUACAGACUUUUUCUGAGUUUGGAAAUGACAAACCUCUAUCAUUGCAUGCUUGUUCACUGUACACUGUUGCAAGAUUGGAAUCUGGAGCACUUUAUUGGUGGGGUGUACUGCCAUUGGGUCAGCGCGCCAGGUUAUGGGAAAAACAUCGUGCUCGGUCCCGCAAACAGCAGCGUGGACACUCUUCAUCCGCUCCACAAGAUCUUCAGGCUGGACAGAGUGUCACUAUGAAAAAUGCUCCUAUGUAUCAACCAGGAGCUAUUGGUUUUAAUAUGUCUACUGGAGUACCGAAAGUAGGCGUACUACAAAACGCUGCAUGGAAUUUAUCCGACAUGUGCCGCUUCAAACUUUUGCCCCCACCGCAACUUGACCGCUCCGUCUCCGAAAAAGACAAGAGGGAUAUACAGAAUCAGUCUCCCUUGACUGUUUCGUCGGUGAAAGCGUCUUCUUCAGGUGGAAGUGGAAAAGAUGGUGGUAAAGACAGUAACAAAGAUAUGGCUGAUCGUUUGGACAUGCCACCACCGCCAAGUCCUGCUUCAUCUACUUGCAGUGAUACUAGCACAUCACACAAACGUGCUAAGCGCGUUACCGUACGUGGUGAAGAAGGUUCUUCCAAUGACGGUACUAAACGUGACGAAGAAGAAUGGCCUCUGAAGGAAGUCGUGUUCUUAGAAGAUGUAAAGAGCGUUCCGUUGGGCCGCGUGUUGAAAGUUGACGGAGCUUAUGCCGCGGUCCGCUUCCCAACAGUGGGCAAGGAUGGCAAGGAGAUUGCACCGCCAACACCAGAUGAUUGGACGACUUUACUUCAAGAUUGCCGCUUAGUGCGCAAAGAUGACUUAGUAGCUGUAAAGUGGGGCGCGGGAGGUGCUUCAGGACCUCGUGGUCCAGAUUGCUUGCAGCGCUCACCUAGGAAAGUCGCGUUACCACCAGAAUUGCAAGUCAUCACCAUUGCUGUGGACAGUCGCGGCGUUCACGCCGUCGUUCGUCGUCCCGGUGGCGCGCUUGCUUAUGCAGUAUACGCAGUGGGUGCGACCCGUGCCCUUACAGAUAGCACUUUCCCAACCGACCACAGUGCAUUGCUUGGGCAAUCUAAUGGUCAUGGCAUACAACUUGCUACUGCUGCAGAGGGCAGCGAGGCAGUGGUGAUGAUGGUGGACGGCAACGGCGCGCUGUACCCGAUCGCGCGCGACUGCGUGGGCAUGGUACGCGAGCCGCCGCCGCUCAACCUCCCGCCGGCUCGCGCGCUCGCCGCGCACGCGCUGCCGCUGCAGCCGCAUGGUGCCGCGCACUCGCACCACGCCGCGCUUAAGUCGCAGGUAUGA